AUGUUGGGCCUGUGCAGUUGUAUUCUCAUGCUUUUGUCCGCGGGACUGGCUAAAAACACUUACGGCGAACUCGCGAAUUAUGCUUCAGUGAAAAUUAAUUCUGACGUGGCCGAUAAAAGCGAUUCAAUAUUUUUUGUUGUACCAAAGGAACCUGGGUUUGACUCGCAUCUCGUCAUUAAUGAUAUCAUAAAUGCGAAUAGACACGGUCUCAGUCAUGAAGUCGAUCAUCCGCAGAACGUACCUAAUUAUUUUACAGACGAUAACGUUAAACACAACACCGAAUCUGCCAAUGACGAUGCUGCAUAUAUACUUUAUCAUCUUCUUAGGGACGUAGGCGGAAUUAAAAUGAUUAAAGCCCCCAUCAACUGGCAUCCAAACCUCGAAUGA